UUUUAAUACGGAAGGCCAAAACAUAAUUCUCCUUUUUCAUAAGACUGCGUUUACCGAGAUUUGCACAAGAUUAGUUGGUAUUGCUAUUACAGGCCCAACAGGUAAUCUGACCAAAUACAUAGCUCAUACUUAGCACUUAGAGCACAAUAUCACUUAUCUUUACCAACUGAUUCAAAGACUGAUGGCAGCAGCUCUAGGAAAUCUGGGAGGUGGAGGGCUGGUUUUUGAGCCCCCUGGCAGGAUUGCUGAUGAAGAAGAAGAGGAGGAGGACUCACCUGCAAUUUUAUUGAGUGUUUUGGUACAACAUGGGCAAGUGGGCCUCUGCUUUUAUGACAGUGAGGACUCCUCUUUACACUACAUGGCCGACACUCCUGAUAACUAUGACCUCCACCUGCUGGCCAGAGUUAUUCAGGAGGUUGCUCCCCAUGUAAUCAUUACAAGUGCAAAGCAGGAACAUUCAAUGACUCGCUACCUGCAGCAACUUGGUUCCAACCCAAACUACAAACCAGAGGUGGUUACCUAUCCAUAUGUUGACUUUGGUCUGGAGGUUGGCAAGCAGAGACUGUGCUCUGCCCAUCUGCCUCUCCUUCCUAGUGAUAUUUCAGAAAAAGACAAAAUGUCCUAUCUCUCCUCCUGUAUUCCCUUUGACUCAUCCCUGUUGCCUAGGGCAGUGGGGGCUCUGCUGAAAUGUCUGGACAGGAGGAGAGUGGGAGUGGAACUGGAAGACCGCAGUGUUGGAGUUCCAAUCCUGCAGUUUCAUGCCUACACACUAAAAGGAGUGGUGUACAUUGACAAAGAUACUUACAGUGUACUGCAAAUAUUCAAAUCAGAUCUGCACCCAUCUGUGUACAAGCUGCAGUCAGGUGAAAAGGAAGGACUCAGUCUUUAUGGAAUAUUGAACCGCUGCAGAAGCAAGUUUGGCUCCAAGCUGCUGCGUCAGUGGUUUUUGAGGCCUACACAGGACCUAGCAGUGUUGCACAGGAGGCAAGAAGUGAUACGUUUCUUCACGUCACCUCGGAAUUCGGAUGUCCUGAGCACCCUGCAGGCUUUGUUACGCAGCAUCAGGAACAUACCCGGUCUUCUUCGCCGGAUGUCUCUCUCUCACACUAAAGUGACUGAUUGGCAGAGUCUCUACAAGACGGUUUACAGUGCAGUGUGUAUCAGGGAUACAGUGCGACACCUGCCCCAGUCCAUUCAGCUGUUUAGUGAUAUCAGUGGAGUAUUCUCCGAUGACCUCCACUAUAUCGCUUCUCUCAUCAGUCGAGUUGUGGAUUUCGAAGCCAGCUUAGAAGAGAAUCGCUUCACUAUCAAACCAAACGUAGAUCCUGCAGUUGAUGAGAAGAAGAGGAGGAUGAUGGGGCUAUCAGACUUUCUAACAGAUGUUGCCAGAAGAGAGCUUGAACAGCUGGAUCCUCGAAUCCCCUCCUGCUGUGUCAUUUACAUCCCUCUGAUUGGAUUCCUUCUCUCUGUGCCUCGACUGCCUACUAUGGUGGAGAAAGAAGAUUUUGAGAUGGAGGGGCUUGAUUUUAUGUUUCUCUCAGAGGACCGACUGCACUACCGCAGCCAGAAAACCAGGGAGCUGGAUGACCUCCUGGGAGACUUGCACUGUGACAUUAGAGACAUGGAGACUGCAGUGAUGACGCAGCUGCAGAAUGCAGUCCUCCAGAGGAGCACGUCCCUCCAUCAGGUUAUGGAUCUCACUGCUGAGCUGGACUGUCUGAUGGCUAUGAGCAGUGCCUCCCAGGAGUACAACUACUCCUCACCCAAGCUCACCAGCCACAGAAAGAUAAUGAUCACACAGGGCAGGCAUCCACUGUUGGAGCUGUGCUCUCCUUUGUUUGUGGCCAAUUCCUUCCAGAGCUCUGAAUCUGAGGGCAGAGUCAAGAUCAUCACUGGCCCCAAUUCAUCUGGCAAGAGCAUCUACCUCAAACAGGUGGGUCUGAUAGUCUUCAUGGCUCUAAUUGGCUCAGACGUCCCGGCGAAGGAGGCAGAGAUUAGUGUGGUGGACGGGAUCUACACCCGCAUGAAGGGCCGAGAGUCUGUGUCUGUGGGCCUCAGCACCUUCAUGAUAGACCUCAACCAGAUGGCCCAGGCUCUUAACAGCAGUACAGGAAACUCAUUAGUACUCAUCGAUGAAUUUGGAAAAGGAACUAACACAGUGGAUGGACUGUCGUUAUUGGCUGCAUCAGUCUCUUACUGGCUGAGAAAGGCUUUAGUGAAUGUUCCUCACACCCUGGUCGCUACAAACUUCCACAGUCUGCUGCAGCUGGGCCUGCUACCAACCAAUGGUCUGCUGUCUUUUCUGACCCUCGAGACAGCCGUGGACGGAGAUGAGUUGGUGUUUCUGUACCAGCUGAAAGAAGGAAUCUGCCAAUCCAGCUAUGCUGCCAACAUUGCUACUCUGGCAGGCUUGCCAACUGACCUUGUAAGCAGAGCAGUGGAGGCAUCUGAACAUUACAGAACAGGGAAACCAAUAAAACGCAUAGACAGAGCUUCUUCAGAUGAACAGACUAAGAGGUGCAAGACUGUGGUAGAGAAGUUCCUGAGUCUUGACCUGGAGGACAAAGAUUUGGAUCUGCAGAGUUUCAUGAAAGAUGAGCUCCUGCCCUCUGCUGGGGAGCUGCUGAACCACAGCUAAACUGCUGCAGCAGCAAAUGUUUCUACAGCGAAGUUUGUUCAGAAAUUCUUUAAUGUUUCAGUCAAGUGUGGGAGAAAGUUUCAGGAUUUAUGUAGAAUACAUGACUAAAACUCUAUGACAGUAACAGAAAUAUUUAUUAUCCUUGAUCUGUUGCAAUGGUUGGUGUUGCAAAAAUAAAUAAAUAAAUAAAGCUUAAUUGACUUAAGUACUCUGUGGACAUUUCCAAGCAUGAGUAUUACAGAAAACAGAAUGAGUUUGUUUCAGUAUGUUAGCAAAUUAUUUAAUAAAUAGAAAUCUUCAUA